AUGAUCACGGCCACUCCCACUUCCGCCAUUCCGAAUGUCUCGAGGCCUGAAGGCAGCCAGAGGGCGGACAUCGAUCUUCCAGCGACAGGUGACCUCACUUUCUGUGCCGCGUACUUGCUCGCAGUCACCAACACAGCUAAAAUUUGGGCUGUCGCCCAACGCGAACUCGACAAGCCUGAACCGCCUACUUCGAUGCCCGAAUAUACGCUGCCAGGAGAGUCUCGGUACCAAAGCACCCCGGCGAGUUUCUGGACGUCGGGUUUCUUCCCUGGCUCACUUUACCUGAUCUACGAACGCCAGAGAAGGUGGCCUUCUCGAACCAUCCAGAAACCUGACAUUGCCAGCCUACAGCGAGCCUGCAAGUGGUGGACUGAAGCGCUACAUGAGCAGGCACACCAAAAGGGGACCCAUGAUCUCGGAUUCCUCAUCCAGCCGUGGGCACAGCUGGCCUGGGAGCUGGACGAGGACGUGAAGAGUCGUGAUUCACUCUUGGUGGCAGCACGCGGUCUUGCCGAUCGAUUCGAGGAGCGAGUUGGAGCUAUACGCAGCUGGGACACGUGUUUCACAAAGAGAUAUGCCUUUGCAGACCCGUCGAAAGAUUUCCUCGUGAUCAUCGACAACCUGAUGAACCGCAGACUUGCCGAAAUCGCGACCGAGCAUGCUUUGACCACGCUCAAGUCGCAUGUUCGAGCCGACAACAGCACUUGCCACGUAGUCAACUUCGACCAAGGCACUGGAGAGAUCAAGGAGCGGAUCACGAAUCAGGGCUACAGCGACGAAAGCUGCUGGUCCCGAGGCCAAGCGUGGGGAAUCACCGGAUUCGCGCAGGUGUAUGGUUGGACCAAAGAUCCAAGAUUCCUCGCUGUCUCCAAACGCCUUGCCGACUACUUCCUACGCCGCUUGCCCCAAGACGGUGUUCCGAGCUGGGAUUUCGACGCGCCUGGACCGAAUAAGCCCAGAGAUACUUCGGCUGCCAUGGUAGCCGCUUAUGGCCUCAUCCUCUUGGCCGAAGCCGAUCCGUUGCAGUCGCGCAAGUACUUGGCGUCCGCUCUGAGACUGGUUGAGUCGGUAUGCAGGCUGUCGUUCAGCAAGCCCGAGGCCCGCUUUGUCGGGGUCAGUCCGUCCGGCGUGCCAAUCAGUGACGUCGGUGGACACGACACCAUCCUUCUCAAUGCUACCAUCAACAAUUACGAGUUCGCUCCGCGGCGGUGGGCCGACCAUGGUCUCGUCUACGCAGACUAUUACUUCCUUCGCAUUGGCAACAAGCUCCUCGAGAUGGGAUUGCUAUAG